AUGGAGAGAUUUGAUCUUUCUUCUGAGGACAAGAUGAAGGCCAUCAUGCCUUCAGUGCUAGACAAUUCUGAAGAACAAUCUCCUUGCUCUCUAGAUCUAAAGCUUUCGAUCGAAAAAUGGUUUUUCGCAGGUUCCCAUGGUGGUGCUAGUAAUGCUAGGUCAAGUAGUAGAGAACUUAAUCUCUUCAAUUCUUUUCUUCCCAACCAAGAAGAGAAAGAAACCUCCGAUGAUGAAAAACUACCAAUCGGGAAGACGAUUUUCCCUUGCAAUUAUUGCAGGAGAGUAUUCAAAACCUCUCAGGCUUUGGGGGGUCACCAAAACGCUCAUAGACAAGAGCGUCUCAAUGAGAAACGACGUCGUUGGAUUGAAGCUCAUGGACCUUAUGGGCCCCACCGCUAUUCUCCGUAUAAUUCAGUCACUACUUUUCCUGGCUUCUAUGGAUCUUAUAAUAAUAGAUCUUUUGCGCUUGCUAAUAUCCCUAAUAAUAAUAAUAAUUCUUACUCAUCUUUGCCCGCUGGCCCUACCACUGAGUACCCAUUUUUUGGGACCCAUAAUUUUGGUAGCGGCCGCGGCAUUGACCAUAUUGGUAGUGGGGCAUGGUCAAGGCAGCCCUUUGGGUCGAACCCUAGAAGAGUACCCUCUCCUAAUAGCGGUGGUGAUUUUGGUGUUAUGAAUAAUUUAAACAAUGCUUCGGUUCCUAAUUCUUCAGAAAAUGAUGAUUUGUCUCUUCAACUUUAAUUAAUUAAUUAGUUUUAUUGUUGUUUAUAUUGUGUUUUGAUGUAAUUUAGAUGAAUUAAUCAAUCCUUAA